UAGCUAGCGUGCUAGCUAACUUUGUCUGGUUUUAUUGCCUUUGACAAGUCUGUCGUAUUGCAUUUUUCUUUGAUCGUCUUUAAAAUUAUGUCGGAUGAGGAGUUAAAGGUUCCGGAUGAGCUUUUCAAAGAUGUUAAAUUUUACGUGGUUGGGGAUAUUGACCAAAAGGUCGUGCAGCUGUUGAAAGCUGGAAAAGCAAAGGAAGUUUCUUACAAUGCCCUGGCGACGCACAUCAUCGCAGAGGAUGGGGAUAACCCUGAGGUCAGCGAAUCACGCGAGGUCUUCGAUUUACCUGUCGUGAAGCCAUCAUGGGUUGUUUUAUCAGUAAGAUGUGGAGACCUGCUUCCAGUGACAGGAUUUUCCCCAGAAUCAGGACAGAUUUUCUUUGGUGUAACAGCAUGUCUGCCCAAGUUGCGAGAGGAUCUCAAUGCCUUGUGGGCCUUAAUAACCUUCUAUGGAGGAGAUUGUCAGCUUAAUCUCAACAAGAAGUGUACUCACUUGAUUGUGCCAGAGCCAAGAGGGGAGAAGUAUGAGUGUGCCCUGAAUCACAGCAGUAUAAAGAUUGUAACCCCGGAGUGGGUUUUGGAUUCGGUGGCAGAUAAGAGCAGGAAGGAUGAGGUGCCGUACCACCCGCGGCUGACCUACCAGGAGGUGGAGGAGGAGAGCGGAGACGAGUACGACCAGGGCUCCCAGUCGGACGGCAGCUACACUGGGCGCCGCUCCAGGGGGUCCAGCCCGGCCUCGUUCCGUGACGGCUCGCCCAUGAGCGCGGCGGGGCUCUCCCCGAAACGCGACAAGGGCGGCGAGCUCAUGUUCGACGACUCGUCCGACUCGUCCCCCGAGAAGGAGGACCGCAACCUGAACUGGACGCCGGCGGAGGUGCCCCAGCCGGCGGGCGCGAAGCGGCGCCUGCCGCAGGGCAAGGACUCGGGCCUCAUCAACCUGUGCGCCAACGUGCCGCCCGUGCCGGGAGGCGUGCCGCCCGCGGACGCCCGCAGCAGCGCGGGGGGGCCUCCGGGGCCCGGAGCACCGGGGGCUGAGAGGCCGGAGGUCAUGGCCUCCUGGAAUCCGGCCGCGCGGACGCUGAGAAACAUCACAAACAACGCUGACAUCCAACAGGUUACCAGGCCCUCCAAUGUAGCACAUAUUCUGCAGUCCCUCUCAGCAUCCACAAAGUCAUUGGAACAGCAAGCCAAUCAAAGCCAGCCUGGUGUUCCGCCGAACCCCCUCCUGUUUAACCAGGCCAAGCCCCAGGGUCAGCAGCUCUCUGUAGAAGCUCAGCAGCUGCUGCAGCAGCAACAGCAGCAGCAGCAGCAGCAGCAGCAUCAGAUCCCCCAGCAACAACAACAACAACAGCAACAGCAGCAGCAACAGCAGCAUCACCCCCAGCAGCUAUCCCAGCAGCACCCUCUCCUGCAUCUCCAGCAGCCGCAGCUCAUGCAGCUGCACCAGCAGCAGCAGCAGCAGCAGCAGCAGCAGCAGCAGCAGAUUCCCCAGCCCGGGUUCCCGCAGACGCCGCAGCAGACGCACCAGUUCCUGCAGCAGCCGCACCAACAGCAGAUCCACCAGCAGAUCUUCUCUCAACAACAGCAGCAGCAGCAGCAGCAACAUGCCUUUGCGCAACAGCAGCUGCGCCCUCAGCAGAUACUAAGGCCGCCCCUGCAGCAACUGCAGCAGCAGCAGCAUGCCUUGCAACAGCAGCUGCUGCAGCAGCACAGGUUGCAGCUGCAGCUGCAGCAGCAGCAGCAGCAGCAGCAGCAGCACCAACAGCAGCAGAAUCAUCAGCAUCAGCAGCUGCACCAGCAGCACCUCCAGCAACAGCAGCAGCACCUCCUGCAGCAGCAGAUGCAGCAGCAGCACAUUCUCCAGCAGCAGCAGCAGCUGCAGCAGCUGCAGAAUCAGAACUCCCAGCAGCCUCUGCAGAACCAGACACAGCAGCUCCAGCAGCAGCAGCAGCAGCAGACACAACUACAGCCGCCUCAACAGCACCAGCUGUUUGGGCACGAGCCUGGCUUAGACAUUCCUGAGGAUAAUUUCUUGGUUGGCUGCAUCUUUGCGAUUGCUGACUACCCAGAGCAGAUGUCAGACAAGCAGUUGCUGGCCACGUGGAAACGGAUUAUACAAGCCUACGGCGGGACUGUGGAUUCUUCCCUUAACAAUCGUUGUACUCACUUAUUGUGUGAGAGCCAAGUCAGCACUAUGUAUGUCCAGGCCUUGAGGGAGGGGAAACGCUGUGUCACAGCCCACUGGCUCAACACCGUCCUGAGGAAGAAGAAGAUGACCCCGCCCGACAGGACCCUGCACUUCCCCUUCGCCUUCCCCCCUGGAGCCAAGCCCUGUUCCCAGCAUAUAAUCUCCGUAACUGGUUUUGUGGACACUGAUCGUGACGACCUCAAAUUGAUGGCAUACCUGGCGGGAGCAAGAUACACUGGGUACCUGUGCCGCAGCAACACUGCCCUCAUCUGUAAAGAACCCAGCGGGCUGAAGUACGAGAGGGCGAAGGAGUGGAGGAUACCCUGUGUGAACGCGCAGUGGCUGUGUGACAUCCUCCUGGGGAACUUCGAGGCGCUGCGGCAGAUCCAGCACAGCCGCUACUCCGUCUUCAACCUGCAGGACCCGCUGGCCCCCAAUCAGCACCUGGUGCAGAACCUGCUGGCUGCCUGGAGAACGCCUCUAAAGAUCUCAUCAGAUGCACUUGGGAGCCUGCGGGUUCAGCAGAAGCAGAAGCCGAACACGCCCAGUCCGCAGCCCCCUGCCAAAAAGCCCAGGAUCGAAGAGUUGCCAACGCCAACGAAAAAGCUGCCACCGGAGUCCACGCCCUACGUGUUCUUCACAGGGUUCGAGCCCGCACAGGUUCAGCAGUACAUCAAGAAGCUGUACGAGCUCGGAGGGGAGGUUGCAGAAAGCGCACAGAAGUGCACGCAUCUUGUUGCGAGCAAGGUGACGCGGACUGUUAAGUUCCUGACUGCCAUGUCCAUCGUCAAGCACAUAGUCACCCCGGACUGGCUGGAGGAAAGCUGGAAAAGCCAGAAAUUUGUUGAUGAGCAGCACUUCAUGCUGCGGGAUGCGGAGGCAGAGGUGCUCUUCUGCUUCAGCCUGGAUGAGUCUCUGAGGAGGGCUCACGCUGCCCCUCUCUUCAAGGGGAAGUACUUCUACAUAACUCCAGGAAUAUGUCCGAGCCUCGCAACGAUGAAGGCCAUUGUGGAGUGCGCAGGGGGGAAGGUGCUGGCCAAGCAGCCCUCCUUCCGCAAAAUAAUGGAGCACAAGCAGAACAAGAGCCUACCUGAGAUCAUUUUAAUAUCCUGUGAAAAUGACCUCCACUUGUGCCGGGAAUAUUUUGUGAAGAAUAUUGAUGUCCACAAUGCUGAGUUCAUACUGACAGGGGUGUUGACACAGACGCUGGAUUAUGAAUCAUAUAAAUUCACAUGAUGAUGGAGGCCGCUGACUGAAGACUACAAUGGACGGGCUAUGCAUUUCUCCAUCUACUGAUGAAUUAAUACUUGAGAAUGCAAAGUUAUUU